AGAUUGAGGACGAAGAUGUCUUCCGGUUGGGCUAGAGGAGGUGACGUCAAGAGGGGUGGCAAGCGGGGGCCUCUUGUAGUCCUGGGGACGUUGUAUCUGUGGGCCUUCGGAUCGCGUCACAAGUCAGCGACCGAACCUUGGCUGUGGUGGCUGAGGCGGCGAAGGCGGCAGCGGCGGCGACAGCUCUGGGGUUUGCGUCUCGGGGUGUGUCGGCCGCCGCUGCUGCUUGGGCCUGGUAUGUACAAAUGGCUGGUUAGGAUUCUCGGCACCAUUUUCCGCUUCUGUGACCGGCCGGUGCCCCCUGCCCGGGCCCUCCUGAAGAGGCGGCGCUCGAACAGUACUCUGUAUUCUACAGUGGACACUGAUGAAAUACCAGCCAAAAGACCAAGAUUAGAUUGCUUUAUUCACCAAGUAAAAAACAGUCUCUACAAUGCUGCCAGCUUAUUUGGAUUCCCAUUCCAGCUGACUACAAAGCCCAUGGUAACUUCUGCUUGUAAUGGAACACGGAAUGUGGCCCCUUCAGGAGAGGUAUUUUCGAACUCUUCAUCUUGUGAACUGACAGGUUCUGGAUCCUGGAACAACAUGCUGAAACUGGGUAAUAAAUCUCCUAAUGGAAUAAGUGACUAUCCAAAGAUCAGAGUGACGGUAACCCGAGAUCAGCCUCGCAGAGUCCUGCCUUCCUUCGGUUUUACUUUGAACUCAGAAGGCUAUAAUAGAAGACCAGGUGGCCGUCGCCAUAGCAAAGGCAAUCCAGAGAGUUCCUUAACGUGGAAACCUCAGGAACAGGCUGUAACAGAGAUGAUUACUGAAGAGGGUGGCAAGGGUCUGAGGCGCCCCCAUUGUACCGUGGAGGAGGGUGUUCAAAAAGAGGAAAGAGAGAAGUACCGAAGGUUAUUGGAGCGACUUAAAGAAGGUGGUCAUGGAAACUCUGUUCCUCCUGUAGCUUCAGCUCAUCAUAGUUCUCAGAGAAGUCAGAUGGACACAUUAAAGACCAAAGGCUGGGGGGAAGAGCAAAGUCAUGGAGUCAGAACAACUCAGUUUGUUCCAAAACAAUACAGAGUUGUUGAAACAAGAGGACCUCUAUGUUCAGUGAGGAGUGAAAAGAGGUGUUCAAAGGGGAAAAUUUCUGAUACAGAGAAGAUAGUUGGAAUCAGACUUGAAAAUGAAGGUAGGAGGGGACACCAGCUGGAACCUGACCUAUCUGAGGAGGUUUCAGCCCGACUUCGCCUGGGCAGUGGAAGCAAUGGCUUACUCAGGAGGAAAAUAUCAAUACUUGAGACAAAAGAAAAAAAUUGCUCAGGCAAAGAGAAGGAUAAAAGGACGGAUGAUCUUCUUGAACUUACAGAGGACAUGGAAAAGGAAAUCAGUAAUGCCCUAGGCCAUGGCCCACAGGAUGAGAUCCUAAGUAGUGCUUUCAAAUUGCGAAUCACUAGAGGAGAUAUCCAGACCUUGAAGAACUAUCACUGGCUCAAUGAUGAAGUCAUUAAUUUUUACAUGAAUCUUCUGGUAGAAAGAAAUAAAAAGCAAGGUUAUCCAGCACUUCAUGCAUUCAGUACUUUCUUCUAUCCCAAGUUAAAAUCUGGGGGUUACCAAGCAGUGAAAAGAUGGACCAAAGGGGUCAGUCUCUUUGAACAGGAACUUAUUCUGGUGCCUAUUCAUCGGAAGGUACAUUGGAGCCUGGUGGUGAUAGACCUAAGAAAAAAGUGUCUUAAAUAUCUGGAUUCUAUGGGACAAAAGGGCCACAAGAUCUGUGAGAUUCUCCUUCAGUAUUUACAGGAUGAAAGUAAGACCAAAAGAAGUAUUGAUCUGAAUCUUUUAGAGUGGACUCACUAUAGCAUGAAGCCACAUGAGAUUCCUCAACAGUUGAAUGGAAGUGAUUGUGGAAUGUUUACUUGUAAAUAUGCAGAUUAUAUCUCUAGGGACAAACCUAUCACAUUUACUCAGCACCAGAUGCCUCUCUUCCGGAAGAAGAUGGUGUGGGAAAUCCUCCAUCAGCAGUUACUGUGAGAAUGCCCCGCCCACUCCCUCAGCUGCUGGUGGUUUUUCACGGAUGGACGUUUCCAUAUACCUCAUGCUUUGUGGGUUAAAAAGUCCCUGCAUCACCUCUGUUCUCUCCAGGUACUGAGCUGUCAGAAGUGCAUGAAGGCCUCUCCCUGCCCCCUAGUCCUGAUUUGGUAUGCGGAGGGCUGCUUGCAACCCUGUUUAUAAGGCUGUGCCUGCUCAGAGCCCUGGACUAUUCAACCCACACAAGAACAAACGCUAAUUAAUACUUUUUUUUAAAAAGAUUUUUUUUUUUCCCUAUGAAUGUGGAAAAUGCAGGAUUUAUUCUAUGAUUUAUUUUUUUCUGUGUGUUUGUUCACGUGUAUUCAUUCGCUCACUCAUUUGCAAACUUAAUGGGCAGUGGCUGUUUUCUGCUGCUCUUUUAUGGUUAACUCUGAAUUACUUGUUUGAACUAUUUAUUUCUGAAAAGAAUGUUAAUCAAGCUGCCACUCCCUGCUGAAGAUCAGGAGGGAAAUCAGUUGGGGGGAGGAAGGAAGUAUUAAUUAACUUCUCUAAACGCUGGAGCAGUAACUGCCAACUUGAAGCUGGAGGUCUUUUUUUGAGGCUUGAAAAUGCUGGGAGAAGCACUGUGGUGUAGGGCUCUGAUUGCCUUUCAGAGGAAGUCUGACACUACAGCGUUGGCAUGGUGUCAUGGAAAAGAGGAACUGUGGCCAAAGAACUCUGGCUAUUCAAGCGUCUUCAGAAGAGAGUCGUGGUCAUCCUAAAGAGACUUCCCUUUCUGGAAAUGAGUUGACUCGGCUACUCUUGAAACUGGAUUUGAAGUAACUGUAAACCCUAAAUCUUCAUUUUCAUCCCAGAUCUGGUUGAGUAUAAACCUCAGAAUUGGAAGGGCUGCCCUGAGCUGUUUAUUUCAAAAGAUACUAUUCAAUUUAAAGCUAUUUUUCCUCGAAGUUUUUUUUUCCUAUAUAGAAAGCUGAAAUUGUUUCGUGCUCAUUAGGGUUUACAUGCCCCCAUUCCACCCCCGUUGAAAUUUGUGGAAGAAAAUUUAGUACUUGGGUCUGAGGUUGCCAGUUAUACAAUAACCUAUUUUGCAUAUGAAAGUUUGUAUUUAACUUUUUUGUUCAUUAAAAUCCUUAUAGUGGUUACACGUUUUUAAUUUCAGAAAGUUUAGAGUUGGUCAGAACAUAUUUUGCAAGAUCUAGUGCCUAGUGUUGCUUUUCCGAUGUAAUAAAAGGUUGCCUGGCAGAACCUGAAAAGUAUAUGCUGAAAUGAUUUCUAACCCUUUCCCUCCUUAAACCUCCCAAACUUGCCCUGGUACACAAAAGCAAGAGGUAGAACCAGAAAAAUUGGGCAUGUGUCAGUUAUGACUCAACAUGUCUGCCAUCUUGGAGGACCUAGGCUGCUGAUUGCAGAGGUGUACUAUUGCAGUGAGUUUUCCCUGAGACAUGUAAAAGUGUUAGUAUAGGACUUGGGGCCCGUGAUGCGGAUUGAAACUGCUGUGCCUACUUGAUGGCCAAAUUAGAAGAUGUAUGCUUAGGUGAUGAUUAACGAAUGAGCCAGUUGUGCUGUGUCUCCCUCAAAUUCAGGCUGCACAGAGAACUCUUUCCUGUGGCUUCUGUUCCUUUCCUGAGGCUGCUGGAGUAGUGCCAGUGAGUACUGGGAUCAGGCAGCUGGCACAGCCAAAAGAGAGGUUUACUGGGUCAGCAUUACAUUAAAAAUCUGGUUCCUACCUGGCUCUAGUAGGUUUCAUAUGAGAAUGUAGUACCUUGGUUAAGAUUUGUUCCAAGUUGGGUAAAUCCUUUUAGGAAAGGCAGUUUGUACUCUGCCCAAAUGAGUGAGGCUUAGGGUUAAUGUAUUUGUAUUACAUUAUAAGUCUUUGAGGGACUUCAUAGAGUAGCUUUCACUGAGCUUUCCAUUAAUGUGUACUCUUCAGGUUAGUUCUUAAUAAUCUCCCAGGAUGUAAUGAGAUUGAUAAGAGCAGAGAGUUAAGUUAGAGCAGAGAGUUAAGUUAGAGAAUGGCAUUCUACUUAACCCUGACUUCCUGAAUUUAACGAAAUGUCACAAGCCAUGCUUCUCUGGGCACUGACAUGUUUCUCUUGGUGCAGAGAAACUUGCUGGUAAUAGAAUUUUUAUAUCUCAGCAAUUUAUGAGAAAAGCAGUCAGGUGAUAAAAAUAGCUAUUGAUUUUAUCAGUAGCAAAUUAUCAACAUUAAAGCCAGUGAGAUAGAUUGUGUGUGUGUGUGUGUGUGUGUGUGUGUGUGUGUGUGUGUGUGUGUGUGUGUAAAAUUUUAUUAUACUAGUUUGGGGUCUGAAAAAAAGUGGAGUGAACCAUUCAUUGUUCUUUUUUAGUAGGCAAUCUCUCCUAAAGGUUGUUGGUAAGAUGAAAAAAAUUGUUAGUGAGCAAAUGUCUUUCUCAUGCUUGACCUUGUACUAGAGCUGGGAUGUGGGUGGGAGAGAAAUAGACUCGGGGCUUGUGGAAGAUGUUCGGGAGAGCCCCAUAUUCUACCUCAGUUAACUAAGGCUGAUCUUUUUGUCUUCUGAAACCUUAAGCACAACUUGGGGAAUGCCAUGUUGAAUGGUGGAUGUUUGUCUGCACUGUGAGGAGUUGCUUGGUGCUGGGACCAAGGUGUAGGUGUGGAGAGAAUAUGUCCUUGGAGAUAUAUUGAACCUCAGAUACAAAUAAAACAAGGUAGAGAAAUUUAAGUUUGUAAUAACCUUAGUACUGUAGUUAAGCAACAUUGUUUAAAUUGGCUUUUGUGAACUAAUUGGGAACCUAAUUUCUUUAUGAUAGUUUUCUUUGAGAAAAACUCUAAGCACCCAGUAUUCAAACUUUUGGUACUUGUUUGUAAGUUGGGGAUCUAGCUGGCUGUAUUGCUUUGAUAAUUUUUUUCUUUAAAUUUGCCUAAUAUAUACAAGGAAAGAGUCUGGGUGUUAACUUUAUCUAUUUACCAAUAAAUUCAUCUCUAAUUCAA